UCAUUUGUUUUGCUUUUGUUUUUAUGUUUUUAUUUCCUUCAGUCUGUCAUUUUUAUUAAUAAUUUAUUUCCUAGGAUGGAAGAGCUAGAACAAAUAGAAUAUGUCCCUGAAGACGUAAUUGUUAUUUCGGAUCAACAAACUUUGAUAGAAACGCUCGUAAAAAAUUUGGAGAUUUUAAGGGCAGAAAUUCGUCAUUGCAAUUUGAUUGACUCCAAAUUUGAUAAGAAUCUUCAAUUUUUCAAAGAGAAUAAUAAUUAUUUAAAUACUAAUUUACAAUCGUUGAGUAGUUUGGCCGAGCAGCAACUAAACAUGGAAAUGAAAAAUAAAAUAACUGAAUUUGUCAAACACAUUUAUCAAUCCUGGGAGUUUAAUAAUAAACAAAUAAGUGAUGAAUACGCAACUUAUUCCGUUGCCAGCCGAACUGCUUAUGGAGUCGCAUUAACAUCGCUUCUGUAUGAAAUAAAAAACCAAGUCAGUACUGCCGAAAUUUAUCUUCAACUUGGAGAGUCUAUAUAUGACCAGGAAUAUGUAACUAAAGGGCAUAUUUACUGCAGUGAAUUAAAUAAAUUACUUAGUCUUCUAGAGGGAUGUGACGAAAAAGUUCAGCAGUACUUGAUGAUCUCCAAAAUGAAUUACAAUUUACAACAACUUAAGAAUUUAAUUGAAGAAUUUUCACUCUCUAAUAAUUUAUUAUCUUAUAAUUAUUCUGAUAAUAAUGACAGUGAGGUAUUUAAAUUUUUAUAUCAACUUCUUACUGGUGAGCUUCUUGGAUGGGAGCCAGUAAAUCCCGAGUUUAUUCUAAAAGAAAACGCUCCUAAAAAACCGGUAUUUAUAACAAAAAAUAACAAUCGUAGGACGCAAUUAAAAAGUUUACAGCAUUUACCAUUAUUUAAUUAA